UUGGAAUCUCAUUAGCCCUUAAUAGAAAGACUAAUCAGCUACUCUGAUCACUCAGUUCUAGUUUAGUCAUGAGAUUAUAAACUCAGCUCUUUCAAAAGCCAAAUCAAAACCAUCAUGCAAGGUCCACUGUCUCAGGGAGCAGCUCGAAGGGGAAGCUUUGACGGCAACUGUAACCUGAAGAACCCGCUCAGAAUCCUAACUCAGCGCCGAUGUUCUGCACCUUCCCUUGGUUUGGGCAAGACCUUAUAUAAUCCAUGGUCAUCAACCAGAGGCAGCCUGGCAGCCCUAUCUGUUGAACAAGACCCAUCACAGAACAAUGCAGAGCCAAUCCUCAGGGAUGAAGUGCUGCUGACUCGGGGUACAAAGACCAAGCAGAGGCACCUUUUUCUUUUCAAAGAUGGUCUGGUCAUUGCCAAGUUAAAGUAAGAUUUGACCUUAUCAACUAGUUUCUGCUAACAAACCAACCCUUUCUAUGUUGCAAGUACAUGGGGCAGUAGGGAUAGGAAAUGACUAAAGAGACUCAAAAAAGAAAGGGUAAGGGUUAUUAGAAAUCAUUAACAAUUCCCUCAUUUUAUAAGUGAAGAAAAAGAAGCCCAGGGAGAGAAACCCAAGGAAAGUAGUGGAGAAAAUGUUAAUGCAAAUUAAGUUUAAAAGUUUAUAGUGCUUUUCAGAGAGCUAGUUGUUAAAAAUUUGCCAGCACUUUCCUCCACAGGUAGCAAGUGAAACCCAGAUCCUCUGAUUCAAUGCUUUUUCCACUGUUAUGAAGCUAGGAAUUAUAUUCUUCAUUUAUCACUUAAUCACUACAUGCUCAUGAUAAUGCUUUUGUUUUCAGUUGAAUUUGAUCACUUCCACCAAUAUUUGUUUAAGAUUGAGGGAAAAAAAGGUAAAGAGGAGGAGCAAAUGCAGAAAUGCCUAAAGUUUUCCCUAGGAAUAAGUCCUAGGCUUGCCUGUAAUGUUUUAAGUUCAUCUGACCCUCCCCACCUCCCCACUUUCUUCCUGUAAUGUGCAAGAUAUGUAAAAUACUGAGGGCUAUUUAUGCUAAUUAAUUCCAAUUACUUAAAACAAGAAUCUCUGUUUUAGAUCAUGAAGCUUAAUAUGUAGGGUAGAUAUGAAAGCCAGUGGCCAACAUCUCACCCACCUUUUCACCCUAACUCCUUCUCAGAAGUUCUUGAGGAUUCUCAGCAGAGAGAGGAAGAAGCAUUAUUGGGAAGGAAGACAAAUAACAAUGUUGACUCUUUUUCUGCCUUAUUCAGAAAUAUUACUAUUGGUUCAAAAGUGUUGGGACAGUAAUUAAAAAGGGAGAGGAAAAGUAACAUUUCAUACAAAAAUAUUAGAGCCCCCAACCCUAAAAUAUAGAAAAGUGAAUGUGUAACUAACUUUGUGUAGAUUAGAUCUAUGGCUUAGUUGGGCAUACAGAGAUAUUUUUAGGGAUAUGGAUUUACUUUAGAAAGGGGCAGGCAGGGAUACAGUGAGGGACUUACUUCUAGAAGACAACCUGUGAUGUAAACUAAAACCCAGAAGUUUAACUUCUAAGAGAAUGUAUCUUAGAACAUCUGUUCUUGGCUUUCAGUAACCACUGAGAAACCUAGGAAUGGAAAGGCUCUGGGUUAAAAUGUAGGAAAUUUGUUUUUCUUGACUGUACAUGUUUCUAACAGAGACAUUUUUUAUUCUUUGUGAAUUAAGAGGGAAAGGCAGAAAGGACAGAAGGCAUAUUUUCAUUCAUUAAAAAAGUGAAAUUUCAAAAGAAAUAAGAAAGUUAAAGAGAAAGAGAAGGGGGAGAAAGAAAGAAAAAGGAAAAGAGGAAGAAAAGGGGGAAAGGGGGAAAAGGAAAGAA